UGAGAUGUCUAAUAAGGGCGGUUACAAUGUAAAGGAAAUGUCCUGAACCAAAAUGCAAAGGAAUCUUGGAGCCUCAGAAUUGCAUAUCAAUAAUUCCAAAGGAAGUGUUUGAAAGAUGGGAGAAUGCACUUUGUGAGAAUCUUGUUCUUGCAACAUCAAAGAAAUUCUAUUGCCCUUUCAAGGAUUGUUCAGCAAUGUUGGUGAAUGAUGAUGGGAAUGAAGUUGUGACUUGUCCCGAGUGUCCACAUUGUCAUAGAUUGUUCUGUGCACAGUGUAAAGUUGCAUGGCAUGGUGGAAUGAAAUGUGGUGAGUUUAUGAGUUUGAAUGAAAAUGAAAGAGAGAAGGAAGAUCUUAUGGUGAUGAAUCUUGCAAAGGAUAAGAGAUGGAGAAGGUGUUCUAAAUGCAGAUUCUAUGUUGAAAAAAGUCAGGGAUGUUCACACAUUUCUUGCAGGUGUGGCCAUCAAUUCUGUUAUGCUUGUGGAAAGCCAUGGAAUCAGUAUCAUGGUUGUACAUAAAUAGAUAUCACUAAGAAUUUUAAUAGUUCAUCAACUACUUAGAUUACAAGUGACAGUUUUACUAUUUUCAGAAGUUAUAAGUUUUUGUGAAGUUGUAAUGCAUAAUGAUUUUGUUGUUAAUUAUGCUCUUUUAAGUACUUAUUUAUC